AUGGGAAAGCUAAGCCCCGUGGGGCCGAAGCUGGGACACUACUGCGGCGCGCAGAGGGAGGCCGCGCGACCGCAGCUGCUCUCUCCAGGCGCUUAUCAGGCCUCGUCGCCUCUCCCUUCGUUGCGGUGCUGCCACGCGAGCCAUGCUUCUUCCGCCCUUCCCAUCCCGCCGCGGACCACGUCAGCGACGGCGGCGGCUAAUCAGGGCGAUCCACGUGGCAGCGAGCGCAAGAAACUGCGCCCAUGUCUCUCCGCCCCGCCCCUGUACAUAUCGUCCUUUUUCUAUAAAAACGUCGUAGCGCCUCUGCGCUCCACCCGUUCCCCCUCCGCCCGCUCUGCCGGUUCCCCGCACUCCCCUGGACCUCCCCCUUUCCGCCGCGCCUCCUCCGCCUGCUCGUCCGCUUCUUCCGCCAACCGCAAGAAGGGGGAUUCUUCCCUGCUGAGCUCGCGCCUGCCCCCCCUUCUCCCCGCCUCCCCGCGACACCCUUCCGCCUCAUCCCCGCCCUCCUCCCCGUUCCUCUCCCGCUCCCCCUCCUUCCUCCCCAGGUCUUCGUCUCUCUCCUCCGCUUCUUCCUGCCCCUCCCCCCACUCUCUCUCCUCCCCCUCCUCUCUCCCCCCUUCUCCCGCGCGCACAUCACCCCUUUCUACCCGUCCGCGGACGUCGUCCGGCAAGACGGCCGGCAGAACAACCUGCGCCGGCAAAGUGGAAGCUCGCGCCCUUCGCUCAGGACUCCCGGCGGCUAGCCGGCGGUCGCGCCGGCAACCGGCUGACGACGAGGAGGAAUAUUUUUAUUUCCUGCCCGAUAUUGAGGACGACUGGGAAGAGGAGGAGGCGGUGCAGAGGCAUCGGCGGGAGGGGCAGCGGUGGCGGGGGGACAUCGGCGGGGAGGCGCAGGGGAAGCGCGCGGACGCGGAGCGGGGGGAGCUGGGGGGAAGCGCGGGGUACGGGAUCGGAUCUGGGUCUGGGAGUGUGUAUGAUAGCAGCGGCAAUGGCGGCGGGAUUGGCGGCGGUAUGGGCGGCGGUGUCGGUGGUGGGGAUGGGUUGAGCAGCUAUGGGCAAUACCAGGAGUUACAUCAACACGCGUUUCAUCAAUCGCAGGUGGCGCAGUGGAGUGUGAAGGCGUUGAGAGCGGUGAAAGACAACAUGGCGCUGUCUCUGCCGCCCGAGUCGCUCAUUCUCGUCGUCUCGUGCCUCGUGGGCGUGUUGACAGGCUCGUCCGUAGUGCUAUUUAAUGAUACGGUGCACAUGAUCAGAGACACUUUGUUCCAGAACGUGCCUCACGAGGAGGGCUCCGCAUGGCUGAGGGACCAACCGGUGGGCGACGUGUGGCACCUCUUCCUCGUGCCUCUGGCGGGCGGCAUUGCCGUUGGCAUCCUCAACUCGCUCCGAUCGGGACUCAAGGAUACCGCUCCCACCCGCACGCAGCAGCAGCAGCGCCAGCGCCAGCAGCAAGAGGAGGAGGGAGCAGGGCAGCAAAAAAUGUCACCCAAGCAAAGAGCCUUCUCCCUGCCGUUUCUCACCCCGGACGACGUCUCCGAGCUUAACCGGAAGGCUCGGGCCGUGGCUCGGCCGGUCCUGAAAGCCCUGGCGGCAGCGGUCACGCUCGGCACAGGAAACAGCCUCGGUCCGGAAGGCCCGAGCGUGGAAAUCGGGUCCAGCAUCGGGAAGGCCACAGGAAGCAUUGUCCGGGGAAGCCGCGAACGCACGAUCGCACUUGUAGCAGCGGGAUCAGCCGCGGGUAUAGCAUCGGGAUUCAAUGCCGCGGUUGCCGGGUGCUUCUUUGCUUUGGAAUCCGUUCUUAGAUCCUCCACGCAAGGCUCUCCUGCGAGCCUCACCACGGCAAUGAUCCUCCUGUCUUCCGUUCUCGCUGCGGUGGUUUCCCAAGCUGGUCUUGGCGCAGACCCAUCCAUCCACGUGCCCUUAUACGAGCUCCGAUCGCCGGCGGAGCUGCCGCUGUAUCUGCUUCUAGGGUUGUGCUGUGGUGGGGUGUCGAUCUCGCUCACGCGCUCGGCGGCGUUCUUCUCGUCGAUGUUUGAUGGGUUGGAGGCGAAUACGAACGUGCCGCCCGUGCUGCUGCCGGCGAUCGGAGGGCUGGGGAUCGGGGUGAUCUCGCUGGUGUAUCCCGAGGUGCUCUACUGGGGGUUCCAAAACGUGAAUGAUCUCAUCACGUCACACCCACUCGUGGCUUCCCCUGCGCCGGGGUUCCUGCUGCAACUGGUGGUAGUCAAGGUACUCGCCACGGCCUUCUGUCGCGGAUCUCGCCUCGUGGGUGGCUUCUAUGCACCCUCACUCUUCAUCGGGGCGGCGCUCGGGGCGGCGUACGGGCGGCUGGCCAGUGACGUGCUGGCGUUCAUUGACCCUGACCUGACGCUGACGUGGAUCCAAGUGGCCGCACCCCAGGCCUAUGCCAUGGUGGGCAUGGCAGCCACUCUAGCAGGAGUGUGCCAAGUUCCCUUAACCUCCGUCCUCCUUCUCUUUGAGCUCACACGGGACUACCGCAUCAUUCUGCCGCUCAUGGCAGCAGUCGGCAUCUCCUCCUGGCUCGCCUCCACUGCCGCCAGAAAGCCCCGCCGGCCGCAACCGGGCGGCGUUACCGUCUUUGCUCCCUCCAACUCCCCCUCCUCCUCUUCAUUCCCUUCCUCCCCUCCUUACUCCUCUUCCUCCUCUCCUUCCGCAUCCUCCUACCCAUAUCCGACUUCGUAUUAUCCCAGUCCUCUCUCCCCAUCGCUCGUGCCGGUUCUUCCCCCAUCGCCUGUGCCCCCCUCGCCGCUGCUCUACUCUGGGGCAGGCUCCUAUUCUCCUGGUGCUCCUGCUGCUGAAGCCGCUCCUGAUGCUGCUGCUUCUGCUGCUGCUGCUACUCGUCCUCCCUACAUGGCUUCUCAGGCCCCUGCUGCUCCCCUUCCUUCAUAUGCGCCGUCUCAGUUCCCUGGCCCUUAUCCUGGGGCGCUCUUUACGGGGGAUAUUUAUUCUGGGUCAGGGUCUUGGGUGGGUGGAGGGGGAGGAGGGGAGGGGAUGAGAAGGGAGGCUAGAGGGGAGGAGGUAGGAGGGAGAGAAUGGGAUGGUGGUGGUGCUAGGUACACGGCUCCUGCUUCUGCUGCCUGUGGUCCACCUGUUUCUGGUCCUGGCGCCUAUGCUGCAUCCCACUCUUCUUCCUACGAAUCACCCAUCUCCUCUGCACGCUCCUCCCCUUUCGCCUCGCCUUCCUCCUCCCCUCCUUCCUCUCCUAAACGUGCUACCCUCUCCAGAACCCCUUCCUCUGGACCCAAGGUUGCAAGUGCAGCAGCAGCGGCCGCAACAGCAGCGGCAGCAGCGGCAACUGCAGCAGCAGCGGCAGCAGCAGCCGCCUCUAGUGCCCAGGAGAAGGCGUAUGAUAAUCCCGAGGCUUCGGCAUACAUGCCGGAGCUAGAUCUAGCUGCGGAAGUGGCUGCCGAAGCUGCAGGCGUGGCCGCCGAAGCUGCAGCUACGGCUGCCGAAGCUGCGGUGGAAGCAGCAGCGGAAGCAGCCGAAGCUGAUAAUGCUGGUCUUUCAACAACCGAUGGUAAUCCUGCCCUUCCUCCAACUGCUGCUGCUGCUCCUCCUGCCAAUCCGCUCAUGCCAGCUGUCAUACUAGACGUGGCAGGUGGGUCGGGAGGAGGGGUUUCGUCAGGUGGUUUUUCAGGUGGUUCAGCAGCAGCCAUGGCAGAGUCAAAUGCGACUGUGAUAGUACUCGAGAGAGCAAGCGAAGCCGAGGAAGCUCAGGCUGAUGCGGCCGCAGCAGGAGUGGCAGCGGCAGCAGCGGUGGCAGCAGCGGCAGCAGUUUCAGUGGUCGUGGAUGCAGCUUCGGGGUCAGCAGAAGCAUCAGCAACAGCAGCUGCAGCAGCAGCAGCAGUAGCCGCAGCAGCAGUGAGCGGUGUGACGGGAAUCGCACCUGCUACAGCAGCAGGUGAUAGUUCAUCAGAAGCAGGAUCCACUGAAGUGGGUGCUAGCUCUAUUCAAACGCAAGAAGCAGCAGCAAUGGCAGCAGCUCAAGUACAAACAGACUCUAGAUCUGAGGGCCCAGAGGGAAGCAACUACGGGCUCUCACAAGAGACCCCAUCUGCUGGUUUCUCCUCUCCUUCUAUCGACCUCCCAACCGCAGACCUCCCUCCUCUUCGAAUCCCUUCCCCCACCAACCCCCAGCCAGGCUUCAUGACGCCUUCCCAACCCAGCUCUCCUCCUCCUGCUCCACCCUCGUCUCCGUCGUUCGCACCCCUCCCCCCGCCGCCUCCGCUUGUUGUCGUCUCGCGCGACGACGGCGUGUCACUGGACGUGCGCGACGGAGUGUUCUUAGAGGAGCAGCUUUUAGAGGAGCUGCCAGUGGCAGUGGCAAUGAAUACCUCCUUUGCAGCAGUGGGAGUACAAGCCAUGGUGCGGGACGCUGUGGCAUCUAUGGUGGCGCACAGGCAGUGGUGCUGCUUGGUGCUGCAGGACGGGGGUUAUCUGCAUGGGCUGCUGACGCUGGUGGAUGUACAGGAGGAGGCGGAGAGGCAGCUUACUGCUGGGGGUGCUGCUGCUGACGUGGAGUCUCUUCCUGUUAUCACCAUCUGUCACCAGCAUCCUGACUCUGACGCUUUCCUCCGCUUGCCUUCAGAAUCAAAUCAAGAUGCCAAUGGCAACCCCUCGUCCUCUUCCUCGUCUGGCAUUGCCGCCCGAAGCCGGCCAUCCGAGGCCAUCGAGGUGACUUUUCCGGAUACCACGCUGCGGGCGGCACGCGACCGCAUGACGGCUCGCGGGCUUCGUCAGCUUCCUGUUGUGUUGCGAGAGGAGAUGGUGUUCUCCGUCAUUGCACUCACCCAUCUCUCUCCUAUCAUUUCCUCGUACCCCCUCUCCUUCCCUUCCAGGGCGGAGGCCACUCGUCGCCUGCUCUCAGCCCUCCCUCGAGAUUUCCGUUCCUCUGGUGGGGGAGGCAGUGGGAGUGCUGGCAUGCAGCAGACACAGCUGGACAGCUCUCUCUUCCCAGCUGCCUGA